CGAUUGGCUGGCAGUAUGUGGCGUGGCCCGGCGCUGGCGCGGGCGAUUGGCUCCCUUCUCAAGGGGCGGAGCCUGGGGGCGGUACGCUGCGCGAGCGGCGCUCAAAUGGGGCGCGCGCCCCAGCGUCCCCGGACCCUCAGCUUAAGGUACGGUACUCUAGGCCAAAUCAGAUAUACUGCAACGAUGCCUGAAAUACGUACUGACCAUCUUGAUGAGCAGCAAGUCCAGCUUUUGGCGGAGAUGUGUAUUCUGAUUGAUGAAAAUGACAACAAAAUUGGGGCUGAGACCAAGAAGAACUGCCACCUGAAUGAAAACAUUGAGAAAGGAUUAUUGCAUCGCGCAUUUAGUGUCUUCUUGUUCAAUACUGAAAAUAAGCUCCUACUGCAGCAGCGAUCAGACGCUAAAAUUACCUUUCCAGGUUGCUUUACCAAUACGUGUUGUAGUCAUCCAUUAAGUAAUCCACGCGAACUAGAAGAAAAUGAUGCCAUUGGAGUGAGAAGAGCGGCGCAGAGGCGUUUAAAGGCUGAGUUAGGAAUUCCCAUGGAAGAGGUUCCUCCAGAAGAAAUAAAUUACCUAACACGAAUUCACUACAAAGCCCAGUCAGAUGGAAUUUGGGGUGAACAUGAAAUCGAUUACAUUUUGUUUGUGAGGAAGGAUGUAACUUUGAACCCCGAUCCCAAUGAGAUUAAAAGCUAUUGUUACUUGUCGAAAGAUGAACUGAAAGAACUUUUGAAACAAGCAGCCAGUGGUGAAAUUAAGAUAACUCCAUGGUUUCAGAUUGUUGCAGAGACUUUUCUCUUCAAAUGGUGGGACAACCUAAGCUGUUUGAGUCAGUUUGUUGACCAUGAGAAAAUACAUAGGAUGUGAAUGUGCAGAUGGCUGGUCAUUGAACAUGUGCUCUGUCCCGGAAACUAGAAUGGUUUUGUUUGUUUCAAAUUGGUUUUUCUAUUAGAAUGCUCCUACGGUACAUUGCUGUUUUCUACAAUCAGAAUUUGUGUGGGAAAAACGGCUGAUUUACGCUUUGUAUUGCCUACUCUACUCCAUAUGCACUAUUACUUGCGUUUAUUUAUGCAUAAUGAGAGAACAAAUAAGAAUCUGCCCGAAAGUGCUGAUGAGAAAUCUGAACAAGUAAGCGAAGCUGGUGGGGACGUGCUGUAGCAAUACACAUUUCUGCAGUAAUUCACUGUCUGCCGAUGCUCGCUGCAGGGUUUUUUGUAAUAAUCCAGAAAAAUGAGCGGAAGAACCAACCUAGUUACCUCAGAAGCGUUCUAAUUAACUUUGCAUAUGAACAGAUUAAACUGGCAAAGCAGGUUACAGGGAAUUUGAAGAGUAUAUAAUCAUCCCUCCAUAAAAAAAUCCAGAGGCAAGCACUGUGUUAGAGCAGGUGAAGCUGCCACUCAGAGUGGCCACACCACACCGCCCGGCCCGUACUUCCAGUGCAAGAGAUGAUGGCCCAAGCACUUGGGUCCCUGCCACCCACACGGAGACGCAGCUGGAGUUCCUAGCUCCGAGCUCCAGUUUGGCCAAGUCCCGACCGUCAGCAGACAUUUGGGAAGGGAACCAUAGGAAAUAUUUAUUUCUGUUACUCAGCUUUUUAAAUACAUGUUAAUAAAUCCAUCUCCCUCUCACUGCAUAUAACCUAUGCCUACCCACCCAUAUUUCUUUAAAUCACCUCUAAAUUACUUAUUCCUAAAACAGUGUAAAUAAUAUACAAAUAGUUGUUAUGUUGGAGUAAAAAAACAGAAAAGCAAAGUUGUACAUGUGAUUAAUAUAGGUGAAGUUCUUUUUCUGAAUAUUUUGCUCAUACAUUAAUUAAAUCUAGGUACAGGAUCUUGCAAAAUGGAGUUCUUGAUUUUGUAGUUUAGUUAUUCUGGAAGUAGUGUGAUAAUGCCAAAUGCUGUUUCUGGUAAUGGCAAUUGGUUAGAUUGUCUUAAAUAGUAGUUGCCAAUUUGUGAUGUCCGGGAUUGCAGGAUUAGAACGGAC